CGGGGGCGGCCGGCGGGCGGCCGGGGCCGGGGCCGGGGCCGGGAGGAUGACUCUGGAGUCCAUGAUGGCGUGUUGCUUGAGCGAUGAGGUGAAGGAGUCCAAGCGGAUCAACGCCGAGAUCGAGAAACAGCUGCGGCGGGACAAGCGCGACGCCCGGCGCGAGCUCAAGCUACUGCUGCUCGGCACGGGCGAGAGCGGGAAGAGCACGUUCAUCAAGCAGAUGCGCAUCAUCCACGGGGCGGGCUACUCGGAGGAGGACAAGCGGGGCUUCACGAAGCUGGUGUACCAGAACAUCUUCACCGCCAUGCAGGCCAUGAUCCGGGCCAUGGAGACCCUGAAGAUCCUCUACAAGUACGAGCAGAACAAGGCCAACGCGCUCCUGAUCCGGGAGGUGGACGUGGAGAAGGUGACCACCUUCGAGCACCGGUACGUGAGUGCCAUCAAGACCCUGUGGAACGACCCCGGCAUCCAGGAGUGCUACGACCGCCGGCGGGAGUACCAGCUCUCGGACUCCGCCAAGUACUACCUGACUGAUGUGGACCGCAUCGCCACCUCGGGCUACCUGCCCACCCAGCAGGACGUGCUGCGAGUGCGUGUGCCCACCACUGGCAUCAUCGAGUACCCCUUCGACCUGGAGAACAUCAUCUUCAGGAUGGUGGACGUGGGGGGCCAGAGGUCCGAGCGAAGGAAGUGGAUCCACUGCUUUGAGAACGUGACGUCCAUCAUGUUCCUCGUGGCCCUCAGCGAGUACGACCAAGUGCUGGUGGAGUCGGACAACGAGAACCGCAUGGAGGAGAGCAAAGCGCUGUUCCGGACCAUCGUCACCUACCCCUGGUUCCAGAACUCGUCCGUCAUCCUCUUCCUCAACAAGAAGGACCUGCUGGAGGACAAGAUCCUCCAUUCCCACCUGGUGGACUACUUCCCCGAGUUCGACGGCCCACAGCGGGAUGCGCAGGCCGCCCGGGAGUUCAUCCUGAAGAUGUUCGUGGACCUGAACCCCGACAGCGACAAGAUCAUCUAUUCCCACUUCACGUGCGCCACCGACACGGAGAACAUCCGCUUUGUCUUCGCCGCUGUCAAGGACACCAUCCUGCAGCUCAACCUGAAGGAGUACAACCUGGUGUGACCGCGCGGACCCCCGCCAGCCGCCUGCUGGUCGCCAGUCUGCCCCAGGAGUCGGGGGUUUUUCAUAUUUUUAAACAAAUGGUUUUUAUUUCACAGUUAUCAGGGGAUGUACAUCUUUCUUCCUACACACCUCGUGCACCUUCUCAUCUUUGUCAGUGGCAGAGGCCGCCUUUUUCUGGCCUUGACUCGUGGCUUGCUUUUUUCUAAAAAAAAAAAAAAAAAAAAAAAAAAACUAAAAAGGAAAAAGAAAAAAAAGAGAACCCACAGAAGACGGGCAGAGAGGAGACCUGGCCCCCAGCGGCGCGGGACACGGCCUCCGGGGACGGCUGUUGGCCUGGUUUCUUCUGAUCUCGGAAGGCGUGGAGAUGCAGAGGCUGGGACUUCUCUUUCUUCCUUGUUUAAGUUAUUGACGCCCUCACCGCUGUUGCCGGGUUUCUGCCCCGGACUCCAAGACGUGGGGGUGGGUGGCGCCCCCCGCUGCCCACCCUGGGAAGUGCCUAACCAUUUUUUCUUUUUUUUUGAGGAAACAAAAUGCAGCCCCCGGGGCCCUGUCUCACAGCCCUGCCUGCCGCGGGGGGCCAGGGCGUUGGGGUUCUCUGGGGCUCCCGCCGGGAGCGUUCCUGGGUUCUGGGCCCGGCCCCCAACCCCGAGGAGGCCCACUUGGACUGGGAGCCACUGUUUGUUUUGUUCCAUUUUGUACCCACUUUGGAAACAGUGAGGGUGGGGUAGGGACUUCUUUCAGAAUUUUCUCAGGUCUGUCCCCGAGAGGCAGAGAGGGAGAGAGGGUCGCCCUGGCGGGGCCAUGGGUGACUGGGAGGUGCCCACCGCCCUGCACUCUGCCCGGAGCCGAGCCGUCGGGGCUCGUGGCAGCUGGAGGUGGGCCCUCAGCCUGGCCACGGCCACGGCCACGCACUGAGGGGGCCUCCCCGAGGGCCUGAGGGCCGGUUUCUGGGGGGGAGGGAGUGGCUGUCUCACGUGGCGUGGGCUGAGCACUGCGGUGGUUGGUUUUGUGUGGUUGGUUUCUUGCACCAACGUGACGGGAGUGGCCUGCCGGUGGUGCCCCGUACCUGCCCCGCGCACCUGGGCCCUGCGAGUGAGCGCUCAGGGCGGCCCUUGACCAGGGCGUGCAGAGAAACGGCGCACACGUCAGACCAGCCCCGCACCAGCCUUUUCCCCGUCCGUCCGCCUCCCACCUCCCUCCUGAGGCUGAUACGCAGGGCCCAGGGUGGGGGGCAGGCUUCUCGGCCUGUUCUCCUCGGGCAUCUCCACCCGAAGGGCCCUCUCCAGUGCCGUGGGUCCACUUGGCGGGGGUUUGUGCCAUAGCCCUGACGUGCGGCCAGGGGCGGUGGUGCCCUGGCGGUGGGCUCCCGGGGGCCCACAACGCACAGGGAGCCGGGGCAGGCCUUCGAGGGGGAGGCGGUGGGGCGGCGCAUCUAGAGUCUUAACUUCCGGAGGGGCCGGCGUGCCAAGAUCCCCGGGCAAGCCCGGCUGCCAUGCCCAACCUCCCUGCCUGGCCCGCUCGCCUCCAAGGCGCUUGCCCGAGUGCCAACUUCCCCCCACCGCUGUGUCACAUCACCCAGCAGAACUGCCCUCCGAGUGCCAACGCCCCAGUGACGUGAGGGGCCGUGCCGGCCGGCGGGGGUGACCUCGCCCGCUUGUACUUGUAUAUUAAACAGUCCUGAUUUCAGACAAUUUAAACCUUAAUCUAUUUAAAAAAGAAUAUUAUAUAAAAAUGCUGUUUUUAAACCUUUUGUCAUUUGAAAUGCAUGUAUUGUCCGUGCGGGCUGAGGGGCGGGCGCCGUCGGCUCAGUGCCAGUCUCCUGUGGCCGGAGCUGUCCAUGUUCAGGCAGCGCGUCGGGGCCCUGACCCCUUAAUCCAGAGAUGCGUGAUGGAAGUAGACUUUUCAUACCUUUCUCCUGAAAUGAAUUCUGUUUUAAAUUGGAAUAAAUUUUGUUCCUAAA